GCUGAGAAAAAGCCCUUAGGAUCUUUUCAGACACUAAGUCCCAGCUGUGAAGACUUGAGCCUUUGAGUAGUGCAGCGGAAGUUGAGACGGUUGAACCCUUGUACUAGUAUGUGAGAACAAUCCCAGCUGUGAAGACUUGAGCCUUUGAGUAGUGCAGCGGAAGUUGAGACGGUUGAACCCUUGUACUAGUAUGUGAGAACAAUCACGAGGAGCCCUAGGCCGUUAAUAAUCCAAACAGAAUCCGUCAGUUUUUUUCAGACUCGGAAUCGCAACGGAAUUCUGCGACUCCUAGGCGUGUUCGUCGGGUUCAGCUGCUGUUAGGGCUAACGGCGGCCGUUAGCCCUAGCGACUUUCUGAUGACGGGAUCCACGUGAACUUCCACCUCAUCGCCGUUCCUUACGAACCAAUGGCAAUGCCGUUAGCAGAUACCUUAAGCCUCUUAUUUUAACCAUCGCUUCGUGAACGUCAUCAGGCUAGCGGCGUCGUCGACGGCUCGGGAGUUUGGAGACGGCUGUAUCGCAUGGCUGUUAGCCUGAACGUCACAUUAGGUAACAGAAAGGGACACCUGGAUGCCGAAACGAGCCAAUGAUUUCAGGGCCGUUUGGCGUAACUCCUCACACGCGUACAGCCUUGCACGCCUUACAUAUCCUCAGUAUGUCGAAAUGCUUGAGACGUGGUAGCUGCUAGUACUGGCUUUAGUGGCAACAUUCUAGCAACAUUCUCACCCAUUCAAGUAGUACAGUGCACCGUAAGUGAGAAGGGUCACGUGGGCACUGGCUAUUCACUCGCCGCGUUGUCGCUCCAGCGUAGCAAAUUACUGCCGUGAAUUACCGCCUGGCACGAACACCCGCCAGAAAUUACGCUCGAAGAUACGCCAAUCGAAUAGAAGAUACGCCAGAAGAUUACGUGUAGAUACGCCGCUUUUAGACACGCGAAAGCUCGCGAUGGCUGCUGUGGGAGCGGGCGGCGGCAGCAGAUCAACGGGCGUUGUUGCUUCCCUAAGUAUUGCAACGAGUAGCCUACUAACGUGUGGAGCGAGUAGUGUAGAAAGCAACAGCGUAAGCGAUAACGGAAGCUGUACUGCACGCAAUGGGUGUGAGAUGACGGGAAACGGAGGAGCUGGAAUUGGAGCAGCUAAUAACGGAGCACUGACAGCGAGUCUGGGGGGAAACGGAGGAACCAGUGGCACAGCGACAGGUGGCGCACCACGGUUGGCUCUCUCGGCUCGUGACUUCACAUACGGACGACUCCUGGGUCUUGGCUCCUACUCCAAGGUUGUUUUGGCUCGGCGCAAGCCAAGCAGAGCUGCUUGCAGCAACGAUGCAGUUUAUAACGAGGGCGAGGGCUGCCCUCCCGGGACUGAGUGCGCACUGAAGAUCAUGGACAAAAGACAUAUCGUGAAGGAGAAGAAGGUUGCUUAUGUGAAGAUGGAGCGGAUGAUUCUGGAUCGACUAAGGCACCCAGGGAUCGUGCGCCUGCUGUUCACGUUUCAAGACGAGCACUCACUGUACAUGGGGCUGGAGUGCUGCCAUGGGGGAGAGCUCUUUGACCAAAUCAGACUGAAGGGCAAGCUAUCUGAGGACGAAGCUCGCUUCUAUGCAGCAGAGGUGGUCUCUGCCCUCGAGUAUAUGCACUCGCAAGGAGUGGUGCACAGGGAUCUUAAGCCGGAGAACAUUCUCCUCACCGCCUCGGGCCAUGUCCGCAUCUCCGACUUUGGAUGCGCCAAGCUUCUCAGCAGCUGCCAAUCAGCUGGGUCCACGUCAGCAGUAGAUGCUGCAGCUGCUGCUAUCGACUAUGAUGAGCGCAGCGGGUCGUUUGUGGGGACGGCGGAAUAUGUUCCUCCGGAGCUGCUGGACAACGGCCCAGUGUCCUUUGAAGCUGACCUCUGGGCGCUGGGCUGUGUCGUCUACCAGAUGCUCGCCGGUGUGCCGCCCUUCAAAGGCGCCAGCGAGUACCUCUGCUUCCAGAAGAUUCUCUCUCGCGAUCUCUGCGUGCCCAACCACUUCAGCAACGAGGCCCGGAGCCUGGUCAACUGCCUGCUGGAGAUGGAGCCCAAGAGGCGCCUGGGGUCAAGGCAUGUGGGGGGGUACGCUCGGCUGAAAUCCCACCCUUUUUUCUGCGGAAUCCCUUGGGAAGAAACUAACCUCGAUAAGCUAGGAGUGUCCCAGGAGCACUCACUCUCUACCCUCAACAGUGCCGUAAAAACAGGGGAAUUGGCGCAUCCUCUCUUCUCAUCCCUGGCGCCUGUAAUGGCAGUGCCUGUUAGACUUGCUGGUAAUCAGGGGCUGAGGGGCCAUGGGUUGAGUGAUGGAGAUGGGUUUGGUAGUGGGGUACAGGAGGAUGGGGAGGGGGGGGAUGAUGAGGAAGAGGAAGAGGAUGAGUGGGCAGUUUUGCACCUCGGGGGCUCGUUUGCAGGGAUAAAACUGAAAUCGGGCCAAAGAGCUUUGUGACGAACAAGAAUACCAUGUCUUGUACAAGAGCUGUAUUGUGUGUUUCACUGUAAUGAACUGUAUUGUAGUGAGAAUUGUGGGGCGGA